UUCCGAUCUCCAAAGGUGAGAUCUUCCUGGCCACCCCGGUCACCCGGCCUGGGCCGAACUCGUCAUGUUGGAGAUCUUGAAAGAUGCCGUCCUGCGCCUGGACAGCCAAGCGCCCUUUCCCACGCUCUCCCUUUGGCUUUGUUUGGCUUGGCCUCUUCCCGCGCUCCUCUUCUGGCUGGCGGAGUACUGCACCCGCCGACGCAGGGUCACGACAGCGAGUGGCAGCUCUGAAGGUGAUGAGGAAGAAGUGUUUGUGCCAAUGGAGGUAGAGCGGGAGUCCAGUCGGAUACAUCCAGGACAGUUCAAGGUGAUCCUUGCCUCCCUGGAGCAUUCCUUGCCUCACUUGGGCUGCAAAGCACAGGCUGGUGGCCUUGGGAAGGUCAUGGAUUUGGUGGCAAGGCACCAUCCCACAGAUCUUUUGAUGGUGCACCCCAAGCUGAAGGAGGACGAGACCUUGAAGUAUUCCCAUGACCUGGAGCUGCCCUCCCUGAGCAUCACUGUGGACAACCAACAGCAAGAUGUGAGGGUCUUGUAUUGCAAGCCCCCUGCAGAUGACAGUCCCACUCGCUCCCGGCGAGGUUUCCUCCUGUUGUCACACUCGUGGUUUGAGGAGAGGCCCAAAACAGCGAUCUAUCCGAAUCCAAUGACCCGGAGAAAGGUGCUCCGGUUCUACUCUCUGUGGAACCAAGCUGUGGGCAAACUGCUGGAGCUUUACAAGCCAGAUAUCUUCCAUUGCCCAGACUUCCACACAUGCAUGGCGCCCUGGUAUGCCAUAGCAAGUGACCAGCUGAAUCUGCGGGUGCUUCUGGUCCUGCACAAUGCCGAAUAUCAGGGUUCCGUUUCCACUGACAUGCUCGGGAGGGCUCACUGCGAGAAGGUCGCGGUGAUUUUCAACGUUUCACCCGACUUUGUGCGGCAACACUUGAUGGCUGAGGGCCGGUUUAACAUGCUCAAGGCUGGAGUGGAUUUCUUGCUGGAGCGGCAGGAGGGCCGUGGAGCUUGUGCUGUCUCAGAAUACUACGCGUUUGAAUGUCAUGCAAGGUACAGUAUCUUUUGGCAACUUCCAGGGAUUCGAGGCAUCGACAAUCCCAUGUUGGAGGAGGAACGGGAGGUCUUGGACAAGGACCUCACCGAGAAGAAGCAGGAGGCCAAGCGAGAGGCACAGAGCCGUUUCGGUCUCAAUGUGGAGCCGGAUGCACGGCUCUUUGUGUCGUUGGGACGGUUGGUGAGGCAGAAAGGGGUUGAUAUUUUGGCGGAUGUGGCUGAAUGGCUCCUUUCAAGCUAUCCAGAAGCUCAACUCUUGGUGAUUGGCCCACCAGCGGAUGGAUUUGGCUUUUACGCGCAGAGAAAGUUGGAGGCCCUGGCGGAGAAGGCGGCUUUCAAAGGUCGCUUGAGCGUCCAUUCCAAGUUCAUUGUGGUACCUCCAUGUGUGAAAUGGGCUGCAGACUUUUGUCUCAUGCCCUCGCGCGAUGAGCCCUUCGGAUACGUGGACGUGGAGUUUGCGUGGCGCGGGGCCGUCAUUGUCGGAGCACAAGCAGGAGGCUUGGGCAAAGUGCCAGGCUUCUAUUAUGUGCAGCAGAACCGUGAGAACUUGGCUCGCCUGCGGCGCGAGCUGCGCACGGCCGUGCAGCGCGCCAUGGCCGCGACACCGUCGAAGGUGCGGGAGAUGUCGCGCCUGGCGCUGCGGAGUAGCUUUCCACUGGCCGAGUGGCAGGAUGCCUUGUCCAGCGCCUACCGAGGCCUGCGCCGGGACCUCAGUGUGGAUGGCAUUGAGCUGGGCGACGUCUCAUCCCCAGGGCUGCGCCGCGGGGCCAGUGGCUCGCCCGAGGGGGAACGACGCGAAUGGUUCCCAGAGGAAGUCUGCAAAGAUCUCUUGGUGCAAAGUCAGCCGGCAGAACACGAGCACGUGCACGAGGACGUGACGGAUGAGGAAUUCUUUUGGCAAGAGCUGACGGAAGAGGAAAUCUCUGACAGGGUCACCCAACAGCUGGAUGAGUCUCGAAAUGACUCGACGCCUCUGAACAUUGAAAUCAUCCUGCAGAGGAUUGGUAUCGAGCGAUCGAAGGAGCGUGAAACGGGGACGAUCGCCAAGUGGCUGGUCGAACCCUGGCGUGGCACCGCGCGGAUCCAUUGGCUGGUGUCGUGUGCUUAUAUCUCGUGCCCCGUGUCAUCUCUAUUGGUCUUGGUCGUGGCCAUGGAAUGGGGCAUCCGGGGAUCUGCGCAACUUCCGGAAUGGUUCAAGCGAUUCUCCUGGUUUAAGAUCGUCUUUGGCAACGGAGGAUUGAAUCCACCAAUUCUGAACAUGUUGCUCUUCUCCACCACCGCCCUGGCCAAUGCCAUUGGAGCUCCCUUUUGGGCGGCUCUGGCCACCAAAGUGCAACCAAGACUGCUACUCGCGGUGGCCAUGCUGCUCCAAGUGCCGCUUCUGAUCACCAUGCUGACAGUACAUCGGCCGAAUGUCUCCUUAGCCACCAUCGUCGUGUUUCUACAGGGCUUGUCGAGCUCAGGUUCCUUGAUUUUCAUUUGCUUCAACUUUAUGCUAUCCAUCAAGGCAGACGUGAGUCAUGCUGCCUACCGCAUGGGCAUCUUAGAGAUGGUCCGACAGGCGGUGACCUGGUUCAUCACGGCCUAUGUUUUCUUAGUGUCACCCUCGACUCAGGUUGGAUCCAAAGAAGAGCCUCUUCCAGCAGCAGUGUAUUGGCUCUUGGUCCCGAUCUGCGUGGCGGUGGUUCUGACGACCAUCAUCCCAGGCUUCCUCUUCUUGCUGGCACCUGGUCCCUAUCGCGAUGACUGCCUCCCUUCCUGGGAUCUGAAGAACUUCUGGAAGAAGCGAAGCUUCGUGGUCUUGUCCAUCUCCGAUGUGUUGGGCUGCCUGGCGCUCUUUCCGAGCACCUGCUACAUCCAGUGGUGGCUGGCCAAUGGCUGGCGGGGAGUCGACCUGGCCAUCUUGAGCAUCUUCUUCGCGCUCUCCUUGGCAGGGGUGACGAUCAUAUGGGCCAAGGCCUUAGGGAGCGCCAUCAUUCAUGGCUUUGCUCUCUUGAUGGGCGUGACGUUGUUGCUCCCACCGGCGAGCAUGUUGCGGGCCAUCGUUCAGGAAGAGAUCUCCACAUACACCUUCCUAGGGAGAUCUGAUGUGGCAUUGCUCAUUUGCUGCUUCUCCUUGAUCCUGGAAGGAGUUCGCGCUUCUUCUGCAUGGGCCGUGAAGGUCCGGGUGCUGAAUUCUCGAUGGAGGCUGCUCAGCUAUGGUACUGUGGUGGUGUCGAUUCAAGCGGUGAUGAGUAUGUUUUCCCCCUUCCUAUGUGAGUACAUGGCCCGGCGCAACAGCAGUACCUUCAUCUCUGCCAAUCAGAAAGAGCUGGCAGACGCCGCAGUGGUCACCAUGGUGCCCCUGUCCUUGCUGCAGUUCGCACUCCAAAUCUGCGCGGCGCCCUACAUACGUCAGGACCUAGGUGUGGCCUCCUCCAGGUCGUUGUACCGCGGAAGAAGUGGUGCUGAGGGGCACAUGUGCCCUUCCUUGAAGCUGAAACAUCAGAUCAGGUGGAGGAGACUACCACCACAGAUGGCCGUCUUGUGUGGAUGCUUAUUAGGUCUAGCUGCCUUGCUCACUGAACUUCAUCUCAUCCAACGCCCAAGUCCAUUCGCACCAGUCAGGCGCUGUCAUUUCGGCCUACAUCGCUUGGCUUGCCGCUGCGUAGCGGAUGAGACCGAUACGCGGCCAGCGGAUGAGUUUGCCUCGUGGCGCAAGGGCAGCUAUGGACCAAAUCAAUUUGGAUACAGUACAACUGGAAGAUACAACUGUCAGGUGAGAAUGCGAAUCUUGGGUGGAGAUACCUUCAGUUUUUGGCCUAGGGGGCGAUGCCAAGUGUGGCGAUGUCAAGAAGGGAUGACCGACGGCCAGCAGGUGACGGGCCAGGAGAUUUGGUCGCGCCACUGCAAUGUCUCCGGGCAAAAUCUGGUGAUCGCCCACUUGUUCGAAUGGCCAUGGCCUGACAUUGCCACUGAGUGCGAGACGUAUUUGGGCAAAGCGGGCUUCAACGUGGUCCAGAUCAGCCCACCCACAGAGCAUGUCAUUGGAGACUCCUGGUCCACGCGCUACCAGCCGGUCUCUUUCAAAUUGGAUUCGCGCGGUGGCAGCGAAGAGGACUUCGUGGACAUGGUUUGGAGGUGUAAGCAAGCAGGCGUGUCGAUCAUGGUUGAUGCCAUUCUGAACCAUAUGGCGUCGCCCACGGCACAGAUCCCACGGGAAGACCGCGAUGCGGGGAAGACGUGCGGUGGUCAAGAGGAGUCCGCCACCAUUUCCAAGACGCCUUGCGAAGGUUGGUCUUUCACGCCGUAUGGCAAUCGAGAGUUCUUGCAUGGCACUGCUGACUUGGACCGCUUCGAACGUGUGGAUUUCCACCACUAUGAAGGCAACAUGGAAUCCAACUGCGGUGUGCCGCCUUGGACGAACAAUCGGUUCUUGUGCGACCUCUACGGCUUAGUGGAUUUGGAUACUGAGAGCGUGGUCGUUCAGGGGCUGCUUCAGAAUUUCUUGAAGUUGCUCUUCGAGAGGGGCAUCACCAUGCUGCGCCUCGAUGCCGCGAUGCACGUCUAUCCGGAGUCCUUCUUAGCGAUCAUGGAGUCCUUCCCCUUCGACUACGUCGUGCAAGAGUUCUUUCCGGGGCCUUUGAAGUUCGAGAAGGACACCCUGGCCAAAGCUAGCCAGGUCGGGACCUUCACCAACUUCGACUUUGGAACGCAGGUCGCACAGGUCCUUUUCGAUACCUUGAACGACGGAGUGUGGAAGAAUGCGAGCGACCGCUUUGGCGACUUGUUGCACAUUGGAAAUCCAACACCCGACUGUGCAUAUCAGAUUUGCGAGUCCGUGUAUCCUCCGGAUCUUGCACUCGUCUUUAUCGACAAUCACGAUCAGCAGCGACAGCUUUGGAAACCUGCCAAAGGAGGACCUCCCAGCAGCCCCGUGUGCCGUUGGAAUGGGAAGGACAUCGGCGAUUGCAGACCCAUGUACAAACAUGGCCUUGAAUACAAUCUUGCCCAACUCUUCAUGCUGGCUUGGCCAUAUGGAGAUGCUGUGCGCAUCAUGUCGUCGUAUGCCUUUGAGGACUUCGAUCAGGGUCCACCUGGGGUGCGCAACGGCUCUGCGCGGGAUCGUCCGAGCUCUCCCUUAAAGCUGGGCACUUAGUGCUGCGACCAAGUCUGAAGCAGAAGGUCAAUUGUCAGGUGCCUUCCCCCCCCGGUGCUGGUGAUGAGAGGCGAUGGGCCAGAGAAACUGUCUGGUUGGCUAAAGGGGUGACAGGCAGUUUGGAGACAAAGCAAGUGUGGAAUUUAUGAUUCUGUGGUGACUAGCCAAGGGCGAGCUCAUGGAAAUUUGAUCCAACUGAACACCCGCGGCUAUGGCUAGAAGUUACCUCCCACAUCCAGGGAUCACAUGGACACCUGCUGCUGGGCGUGUGUUGUUUUGUUUCGAGUUUCGACCCAUGUUUGUUCACCACUCCCAUGAAUCAACAUGUUCACGUCGACAAGUUGGAUCCUAAUCCCAUGUGGGAUCCUAAACCAGAUGAUUUCAUUCAUAUAUAUAUAGGUGUCAUGUUUAUAUAUUAAUAUAUAUAUAUAACUAUAACAUGUAACAUGAACCCAAUUCUUAUAUACCCUAUAUACAGUAUAUAUUGGUGGGUGCAACAAGAGAACUCCCCCAAGUACAACCUUUUUAACCCUGGAAUGUUCGGAUCUCUUGAUCCAUGGGGAGAUGUACACCUUUGCAACUGGACCAUGUUGCGUCACGUUGUUUUUCUUCUCCCUCUGAACACAUGUUAACACCUUCCGAUCGGAUUUCGAGAAGCAUGUGGAAAUGACAGCCAACCAGUCAUCACUACUCCAAAGUGUGCUCAACCAGUGUGACGGAUCUGUGGGAAGACAUUCUUAACCAGUAGUAUAUAAUUAGUAAUUAUGGCGAAUUCACUAGGAAAUGAUUGACCCUUUUGAAUCCGGUAUAGAGUGGGUUUGUCCGGUCUUACCUGUAACAGUCGGUAAUUACGCAAUUAUCACUAUUUUAGAACAAGACCAUUUAGUAACCAUCAUCAUCCACUGUUAAUAGCAAUAGGAUAGACCAUGAUAGAUCCAAGGUAUAUACAUAUAGAAUAUAUAUAUAUAUGUUGUUCAAAGAACGGCAACUUUUUCACCGUCCCUUCAAGAGCUUCGCCAUGCUUCGCCUUCGUGUGUCUCAGGGGAUGCCGCUCGACACCAACGAG